CGACGGGACCACAGCCACCAGAUCGUGGUUCCCACCAGCAACAAAGGACGACAUUGUUGAGCUUAUUCUGUAUCAUGGAGGCGCAAUGGAUAUGUCGGGGGAUGUUCCAUAGUACGUUGGGGGGGGGGGGUUGUCGAUGUCUUCAAUGUGAAUCGUGAUGUCUUGGCCUACUUCGAAUUGACGAAGACUUUUAUUGAAGAUUUGGAGUAUAUUUCAGUCGAGAGGUUAUCGUACUUGACACCUGGGGAAAGUAUGGCUACUGGAUUGCAUGAAAUUGUUUCGGACGUGGAGGUUGUAACUGGAUUGUUGCCCUUGGUUGGAACUGGAGAUAUAAGGGUGUACUUUGAGGCAACAAGGGAUAUCGGAGGGCUGGGUAUAUGGGAGACGAUUAUGGUCAUUUUCCUGAAGGGGAAGAUGCAUCUGGAGACAUUUCAGCUGCACCUGACUUUAUCGGCUAGAGAAGAUGAUGCUCAGACAUCAGACGAGGAGUACCAUGAGAUUAGAGUUGAUGCUAGGAGAAGGAGUACCAGAUUUAGAACGGAGCUUGAUGGUGAAGUAAGUUUAGGGAAU